AUGCGUUUCUUCUCCAUCGCUGCUGCCCUCUCCGCGGCCACUGUCGCGCUUGCCCAGGAAGCCGCUCGCUACGGUGCCCUCACCGUCGAUAGCGGCAGCAACAUCAGCGCUGGACAGACGCUGUCCCUCACCUACAACUCCACCGUUGCGCGCUACACGCCCAAGACGGUGGAUUUUGUCCUGCAGGGGACGAGGACGAAUGGCAACCAGACGCCGUACGUUAUCCUUGAGCGCAACGACUACUCCGCGGACCAGAAGGUCCUGCAGAAGGACAUCACGUUCCCGGACGUGAAGAAGGCCAUCGGCGACGAUGUCUCCAACUGGCUGGUCAUCGCGUACAUCACGUACAACUACGACGAUUCCAACCCGCCCGUUGUUCUCUCGGGUGGCACCACGGCUCCCAUUACCAUCGUUUAAUCACGGAAUAAUACAGCAUCUCAUGCUAUGGACAGUACUAGUGGACCCUGGAUUCGGGCACUUACAUUGUUACAAUCCCGCCAUAAUUAUCCCCAACCUCACGUGCUUGUCACGGACAACGUUCGUGAUCUGGUGACAGAUUGAGUGAUGCUGUGACUAUCGCGCCUUGACUUCAACCAGCCCUAUCGCUCUCCUUAGAGUCUUCAGAGAACCCUCCU